UUUUGUUUGGAUUGAUUAGAGCGGUCUACAUUAUCCCGAGCUUACAGAUAUUUUCGGCCAUUCUCUUGAAGAUCAGCAUGUAAGAAGUGGGCGAGCACGGUGUGAGGGACCUGAGUGGUGAAGAUGGAAGAGCCCUCAUCUUCCUCCACCCCCAAACCCGUCCCAUCCAGCUCCACAGACAAUGGUAGCAGCACAGGUAACACCUUUACACUUCCCAAACAACUGGAGGGCAUCAAAGCUGCUGCCGAGUUCCCAGGCGUCCGUCAUCGUUGGAACACCAAUGAGGAGAUAGCGUCAAUUCUGAUUGCAUUUGACAAGCAUAAAGAAUGGAUGCAUAUAGAGAUGAAAGUCCGACCUCCCAGUGGAUCUAUGCUGCUGUACAGUCGCAAGAAGGUACGGUACAGAAAAGAUGGAUACUGCUGGAAAAAACGAAAAGACGGAAAAAAUAUUCGAGAAGACCACAUGAAGUUGAAAGUUCAGGGAUUAGAGUGCAUUUAUGGUUCCUACGUCCACUCAGACAUAUUACCAACGUUUCACCGGCGUUGCUACUGGUUACUGCAGAAUCCUGACAUUGUGAUAGUACACUACCUAAAUGUACCGUACCCAGACAAUACUAAGAUGAAGAUUCCAGUUAUAUCUCAGGCAUUUGAGAAAAAGGAAUGGACCAAAGAGGAGCUCAUAGACCAACUCCGACCUAUGUUCUCAACAGGCAGACCAGGAGAAGAGUCAGAACAAAUGAUAGAGGAGUCAGUGGAGGCCCUAGUGAGACAUCUACUCGAGUACCAUGAAAAUUGUGAUAAAACAAAGCCACACAAAUGUGAUAAGCCCUGUGAUACAAUCUGUUCUCACUCCAACAACAUCUACAAGCUCUCUCCACGCGGCACUCUGGCCGAACUCGACGCCUCACGCAAGGCUGAAGCUGGCACCUGCUGCGGGGCCAAGACAUCCUCACAAAUGACCAUCAUGGCAAGUCUAGCCACCAAGGGGCCAGAGAUCUCACAGACAGCUCAGACUCAGGGCUGUUCUACUGUAGUUGGUGUAAAGGACAGUGUCGUUGUCCCGAUAAGUCAGAGUCAGAAGGUUGUCGACAUCGCUGUGACUACGGGCGACAUCGCUCCGAUGCCCUACAUUCUCAGUCUGGGGCACCUUCCUAGUACGAGUCGUUAUCUUGUCGUCGGAGGACAGGUCAGCGCCAUGCAGACCCCGAUCACUGUCUCGGCUGCGUGUCACGUUCAGCCAAUCUCGCACCUGAUUACUCAGUUACCUAGUGACCAGAUACAGAAUAACAUGAAUACAGCGCCCCCUCACCAGCAUCUCCAGGCCUUAUCCGUGACCCUCCCAGCACCUGUCAUCGCCACACAGGCGCAGGGACUCUCUGCUGAAGGCUCAGGUAACGAUGCUACAACGCAUCAAAAUCUAGUAUCCAACAAUACAUUUGUAUCAGGUGGCAGUACUGACCAAUCUGUCGUCCCGAUGCAGGUAACCGUCGACGAGACCAACGAGAGGAAAGCUGAGCUGGGCAAAGGCAAUAAGCUUAAUAUCUUACCUCAUUUGCAGCGUGUGACUGUCGAGGACGUCCAAACAGUCAUACAAUCUCAAUCACAUAAACUCUUACCACAACUACAAACGAUUACUGCCGAGGACGUGCAGACGCUCAUUCAAUCUCAUAACACUGGUGAAUCGAAAGACACUAACAGUUUAGAUCUGGAACACUGUCGAAUAAAGGACCCUACAAACAGUAUAGAGACAGACUCGGGCUGUCUCAACUCGAGUCUUGGCUCUGCUGACUAUAGUUUUGACAACCUUGACCUGUUAGACUUUCCAGAUGUAGAAAAACUUGUGAAUGACUUGAGUACAUCCGAAUCUCAUGACAACUUCAGCACGCGUAGUGAGGAAAUGGCUGGUCCAAUUCCUAUGCUUAAUUGUGUAAAUUGUGUUAGCAACCAAAGACAAGACAGUAGUCCAGAGGGCAAAAGGUCAAGUCAAGGACAUUUAAAUGAUUCUCAAGGUCAUAUUCGGCAGCAGCCUGUCACAAACAGUCCAUUAUUACAUCAUCAACAUAUACCUGCCAAUAAUCAUAGUGUUCACAUCAAACGAGAAGUGGAGAAGAUGGCGGAUUCUGGGAUAACGGAUGUCGGUGUGAUAUCUGUAAAUUCAUCUGUAGGAAAUAAUGGGGCCAUAAUAACUGACUACUGUCCCGAGUGGUCGUAUACAGAGGGAGGGUGUAAGAUGCUGGUCGUGGGUUCCUGGCUGUCUGCCACUGCUCAAUAUGUUUGUGUGUUUGAUGGUAAAUCUGUCCCUACCAGAUUAGUUCAACCAGGUGUUCUCAAGUGUUGUGUUCCGGCUCAUGCUGCCGGCUGUGUAAGUCUCCAUGUAACCUGUGAUGGUACUAUGUUCUCCAAUAGUGUUCCGUUUGAGUACAAAGACAAAAAGCUAGAAGAAACCACCCAGAGCCAGCAAUCUGAUUGGUUUUCGCUGAAUGAUGACUGUUUGAAGCUUUUACUGAUUGACCGUCUCGCUGAACUGGAACAGCGACUGACCAAUGUUACAUCUCCAUGUGAACCUCCACAGUCCAUUCUCAGACAGAUUCAGAAUUUCCUGAUGACUGGUGACCUGGAGGAAAAACUGGUUUGGCAUGUGAAGAAAAUUGCUGGUGAAACCUGGUCAGAUGUCGACCCUUUCCCCAAGGCUGGUCCACACAACAUGACAUUACUACACCUGGCUGCAGCCCUGGGUUAUUCCAAGCUGAUACAAACUCUGGUUCAAUGGAGAUCUGAUAACCCCUGUUGGGUAUUGGAGUACGAGGUGGAUGCUCGCUGUCAAGAUGACAACGCCUGUACUCCACUGAUGUGGGCGUGUGGAAGGGGCCACACCCAGGCAGCUGUUGUAUUAUAUCAUUGGAAUUCAGAAGCUUUACAUAUCCAAAAUAAUGAGGGUCUAGUCCCUCUUAUAGUUGCUCAAAAACAUGGACACUUAGAAGUUAUAAAAACACUUGACAAAUUACUCACUGUUAAUUCUCAGAACUCAAUGUUCACUUCUGCUGGAGGGAAUUUUGUGCCCAUGCAGUCAUCUCCACAGAAGUCGAUGGACAUGCCCCUGCAAACGUCCACUCCCCUCACAAAGGACAUAGUUAGGGGUCUGUUCAAAUCUCCCCCUCCUGUAAGUACUGUGUCACGACCUGAGGCGACAAGCGCCAGUUCCACAGCUACAUAUCCUGGUGAGGGAUUUUUGAUCCGACGACAGAGCGACCAAGCCCUUAGGGGUAAUUCCUCAAGGAAAAAACUCAGCAAAAGGUUCUCAGUGGAUCUCCUUCCUGUGCAUUCCACAAGCAACGAGGGAUCAACGAUAACAGACUCAGCUAAUCGACCAAUCAGAGAGACCAAUUCUGAACCCCAACUCUCCAUGGCAACAGACCCCUUAACCAGACAGACCAAUCCGAUGCUGUCUGAUCCGGGUCGUGACCUCACAUCACCAGAUAUGAUGAUGCAGGCAGCAGAGGCUGCAUUUGAGGCUUCAAAACACGGAGAGGCCAAUAUGGACUCCAUCACACUGACCCCAAGGUCACAAGGCCCCAACUCUGUCCUAAUACAAAUGGACACAGAUGAGGUACUGUCCUCCGCCAGUGCUAGUCCUCUCAUAGACGUCGAGAAUUUGUCAUCUGAUGAUGAGGAUGUAGAUCUUCUACAAAGAUGUGUUGAGAGUGAUGAGGAUGUUAAUCACCAGAUGGUAACGUUAGCCAAACAGAUCAUCGCGGCCAUGCCAGAACGGAUCAAGCUUUCCCCAAGCCGUAGUGAUGAACCAGUUCUGGAGUUCACAUACGUGCGGGAGAGAAGUGGUUCGUACAGUUCCAUUCCUUCACAGCCGUCACCACAUGCAUCAUCAUACGAGGAAGACUCAGGGAUAUCAACACCCAUGGGAGAUGGUCUCGCUUUCGAUGAAUACAGGUAUACAGACCUUGGCACUCCGGCUUCGUCCCUUAGCCCCGACUCUACCUGCCUGCAGAGCCCCUACAGCCCCUACAGUUUCUCUCUGGACUCUCCACCACCAACUACGGCCGAGUUCACCGAGUAUUUUAAUGCCCCCGCUACCUUCAUGGAGAAGGAUUUCUCUCAGCUUACUCUGUCAGAUAUAGAACAGAGGAAGUUAUAUGAGGCGGCCAAAGUGAUCCAAAGUGCAUACAGACAGUACAGGGACAAGCAGCAGUUACAACAACAAAAGGAAAUGGAGGCAGCAGUUCUAAUACAGAAGUACUACAGACGCUACAAACAGUAUGCAUACUACAAGAAGAUGACACAGGCAGCAGUGUUAAUUCAGAGUCAGUUCAGGAGUUACUACGCACAAAAACGCUUCAAGAAAAGUCGUGAUGCAGCUGUUGUGAUCCAAAACCAGUACAGAACAUACAAGGAACACGAACGAUUAAAAAAGGGAGGCAACCAAUCGGUUAUCAUUCAACAAAGGUUCAGAAGUCACUACCAGCGCAAAAGUUCUGAUGGAACAGUUCCUGAGGGUCAUAUAGUCCAACUUGUAUCAGAAGCUGGAGAUAGCUCCCAGCCAGAGCCAAACAGCACAGCCUGCGACAGCACUCCGCCGGAAGUAUCCGACACUGAGAAAAGUACAUACCACCAUGAGACUACUUCUGAGGGGACAAAGGAUACAGAAUGACACAAAACCAGCUAUUAUACUACUGCAUCUGGAGGCUUCAACCCCCAAGUUAAUAAUAGAACGGUCCAAUAAAAUAAUCAUUAACAUUUAUAAUAACAUUCUGACAGCAUGCUAAGUUGUGAUCUAUGUACAUCAUUUGUAUCCAUCACAUGCAGUUAAUAUCAUCAUGUGACAUUAACCAAUAUGUUACAAUAAUCAUCAUAUGACAUGAAGUGUAACUGCUAAGUAUUCUAUUAGAGUAAGUGAGAGAUGAUAAGCUUGAUAUAUGUAAACAUUUGUUACAUCAAUAGAAAGUGCAGAGCAUUAUAACAUCUUGAAUGCAUGAUAAAUAUUUUUUAGAACUGGUUCAAGUUUGAUUCCAAUGCUUGAUUCAGCCGGCACAUUUUUGCUUGGGCAGGUGAAAAAAAAUAAAUGAAACAUUUCAUUAUAUGUGUAUAUGGAAACAAAAACAAUACUAUCAAAUUAAUCAAUUACAGAACGUUAAUUUUCUUAAAUUUGUCCAAAGUGAGAUUCAUUGAUCAAAGGAAAAUUCUCCAUUGGACAUGUGAUCAGGUAGCGUGUCCAAUAUUAAAAACAAAUAUACAUUCAGGAAUCUUUUGAAAAGUGGUCCCUUCCACAAGUUUUUAAUUGGAAAACAGGAUUUUUUUUCUAUGAAAUUUUAAAUCUAAAAAAUGUUUGUUUGUGUUAAGGAAACAAAAGUAUGCUCACAUUCUCUUUAAACUUGUUACCUUUAUCCCCAGCACCCUUUCUCUACUUUUUGAUAGAGUUACCUUUGUGGUCAUAACCAUGUUGAUGUAAGUGUGCUUUUAAAGCUUUACAUUUUUAUCUUAGAACUUUGUUCCAGAAAUGAAUUAUUUUGGUGACAUACUUACUGCAGUCAGAUUAUUUUAAUUCUGAAACAAAGGAAGUUUAUGUCCAAUGAUGGGAACAGUUAAGCCUUUAUUUGAGGUCAUCUAAUCCAUGUAUGUUUUAAACUUUCAAGAUAUUUCUGUUUCAAAGAUAUUGAACAUCACUAGGAUCCAGCAGAGGAUUUCUUUUGUGAGAAAUACUGCUACAAAAAUAGCUGCUAUUUUUGUAGCAGUAUUUCUCACAAAAGAAAUCCUCUGCUGGAUCCUAGUGAUGUUCAAUAUCUUUGAAACAGAAAUAUCUUGAAACUCAUUACCUCUUCAAUAUCUUGAUUCUGGGUCAUAGUUAAUUACCUCUUCAAUAUCUUGAUUCUGGGUCAUAGUUAAAGUAUUUUUGAAAGAUUAAAUUUCAAACAAGUAUAUUAAUGUGAAUGACAUACUUUAUCUGUGAUUGAUGUUAAGAGUUACCUCCGACGUUUUUAUCAGGUACAUGUUAUCACAGAAAAUGUUAUUAGAACCUUCAUUAUUUCUUUAAAACGUAUCAUCAUCUAGUCCAGAAAAAAUAUAUUUCAGGGUUUCAGAGAUUGGAACUGUGACAUGAAGAGCAUGUCACAGCAAGGUAGUAUCCUCCCUUAAAUAUCCGGUAACAUCAUGGUACAUUGUGAAUUCGGAAUACUUUUGAGUGAUUUUGCAAGAGGCUAUUUGGCUUUAGAUAUCGGUUUUUAGAUUUAAUGUACUAGCAUCAUUACAUCUUCUCACAAGAAUAUUAGAAGAUCUUAGCACUGUUAAUUAUAAAAAGCUUUGAAUUUAUUAUGGAAAGCUUUGAAAUUCUAAACAUCAAGCUGAACUUUCAGACUGAAAAUGAACUUCAUGAUAACAAAGUUCUCAAGGUUUCAAAAUUUUGAAUCAGCAUCGUUGUCUAGUUUAAGAAAGCAGAAUAUUUAAGAAAAAAAAUAAUUGGAUAAAAAAACUAAAGCAACUUUGAUGAUUUAAAACAAAGAAAUUGUGUUUUGCCGUUUUGCAUAAAAAUCUGUUACAAAGAAAUAAUUUUGAAUUUGAAUUGAAAUAGUUUUCAAAAUUAAAUAAUUUACAGUAAGUGAAGAUAACUGUUCUAGCUGUGUUGCAAUACUGAUGAAAGUGACAUUAAGAUUAUUGGGUUUAGCAUUUCAUUAGUACUGCUCUGAAGCUUUACCCUAUUAGACAGAAUGAUUUAAAUUGAAUCUCUUGUUCUUCUGUUUGUAUUGGAAUUGAUUGUUCAUGAAAAAUACCUGAAACAAUUUUAUUUUGUUUAUACCAUCUUUGUGUAAAUUUCCUAAAAUUUUACUAGUAGAGAACGAUAUACAUAUCACAUACAUGGAAAAAAAUCGCCAAUUUUCAGUGUUUACAUUAUACGUUGGUGAGUUUAUUAGACAUAAUUCAUUAGAAAUGUUAGUAUAAGUUACUGAAUUAUAUGACCAAUUAUUGUAGCAUUCAUAUUUUAUAUAGAACAGGCUGGGAAUCACUGAUAGAUGAUAACUUGUAUAUGAUAAUGGUACUAUAUAUGCUUCAGUUAUAAUUAACAGAAUUGUUACCCUUCAAUUAGUUCAAACUAGUACUCUGUCAUUGAGAUCUAGAGUUUAUGGCAAUAAUUAAUGUGUGUACCUUUCAAUUGUCUCGUACAUUACCCAACGAAGUCACAAUUUCAUGGAAAUGCUUUACAUGAUUUUUUUGUGGCACUCUUUUUUUUUUAAAGGAGGUACAGUCUGUAUACAUACCACAGUAAGGUAGCAUACAUCCUUAAAGAGACAAAUCAAUAACUAUACAGAUCUAAUUAUGUUAAAGAAUUUUGUUAACUUAAAUCCGUCUGGGUUAUUUUUAGAAAAAAUACAAAACCAGUUUAUUAUGUAUUUUCUACAUAGAGAAAUUUGCCACAUUUGAAAUAUUUGCCUUGCCUUGCCAAGCCUGUUGUUUUAUAACCAUUGUAGUGAAUGUUUUUAACAUUUGCCAAUAAAUCUUUAUAGUAAUGCACAGAUCAUACAUAUACCAUACAUUGUAAAGUUCCACUUCAAUAUAAACACAAUUAACACACGUUUUGCUGUUAACAUUAUAGUUAUAUUUUUAGUGGUCUGGAAAUACACACAUUUUACAGAAGAGAAUUGAUAACAGAUAUUAAUCAAAUCGCCAUUCGUCAGUCAUCUAGCGGCCGUCUGUCCAUUGUAAAAACAGAAUUGCUGACAGGUGCCCAUCUUGGAAUUUUGACACUUGAAUUUUGUUAUUACUAUUUCUCUUUAAAAUUAUGAAAGUUCAUUUGUAGUUGCUCAUUUGUCUUAUGUCUCUAAUUAUAAUAAGAUGUCUCUAAUUGCCCAUGUCCAAUUUUGAAGCUUAUAAGAUGUCUCUAAUUACCCAUGUCUUAUUUCGGGGCUUAUAAUAAAUAAAUAUCAUACAAUGGUGGGUGUCAAGAUUACUCUAGGAUCUCGUUUAGACUUCAGGAACUAUGUAUUUUUCAGGAAAAAAUCAGAGGAGCAUUACCCUUAAAAACUAUUUCUGUCGGAACACUAUGAUAUAUAAAGUUAUUACUGUUUCCAUGGAUACUUGAAGGAUUUCUGACAGUUUCCUUUCUUCUGGUCGUACUAGUUGUCCUAAAAUUAUGACUAUUGAUGUAUAAAGAUGUAACCAAAACUGCAAAUAACUGUUAGAAUCCAGGCCUCGACUUCUAAUUAAACAUUUAACUACAAAGUUUUUCUUUACUCUAAGACAUGUUUUUGAUAAGGAAUUUCUUCAAUUUGAGAAAUGAUCGUGAAACUCGGAUUAUUAUUCACGAAUGAAGUAAAGAAAAAUCACCAUUGUAAGUAUGUCUGCAAAUCAGUACAAUUAAACAUUUAAUUAUGAUUUCUGUGAUAACUUUUUAUAUAUGCAUGAUACAGUUUAUGAAUGAACAUAGUACAUAAAAAACUAGAUACAUGGUGUCAUUUAUCUUCUUGGAAUUUUACACUUUAGCUACAUGUAAUAUAGAAACAUGUUACAGUUGUGACUGACGAUUUUAGAUAGGAUUGCCAUAUAUAUUAUAUAUAAGAUAAACAGAACAAAGCUCAUAUUUACUAAAUUACCCCCUCCCCCUCCAUUAUUAAUUAUUUCAUGAAAAUUAUAAAUUGUUUGAUGUGUUUCAUAAAUUAAAGAAAAGUCUUCAAUAUUGUAUCUCUUUUAUUUCAGGAAAACCUGAUAGAAUUCAAAUCCAUAUUCUAACAUAUCAGUUCCAUUGUUGAUUUUAAAUUUGAAGUGAAAUACUUGAGAAUUCCAGAUGUAUUCGGAUUUUGUUUCAUUCAACAAGGUGUAUGUAUUCCUAGCUUGUUUAGCUUAUAUCUCUCAAAUUUUCAAUUCUGGGGCUAGAUAAAAAGUCAGUUAAAUAAUUUACCACAAAUCUCCUGCCAUAUCCUGACUUCGACAGAUAUAAUUCAGAAUGUACAAAUUAUAGACAUGUUUGAAUAAUAGGACAAGCAGCUAUUUACCUGGUACAUGACAGAAUAUUGUAAUAAGUUGUUACCCAUGUGAAUAACCCUGUAGCUGUUAUGACGUUGAUCUGAUAUAUAUAUAUAUAUACACACUAAUUGUAAAGUGUUUAUGAACAUUUGAAUUAUACUUGUUUGGACCCUUGUUCCUUUUGUUACUGUGUUAAACGUUACUUAAUGUUGUGAGAUAAACCAUUACAUUCCCCUGUUAUUGUUUGCUCAUUUCUAUUGUUUCCCAACUUCUCUACAUUUGAUCCCCCAGUUUUUACUGGAGGAAAAUCUCGCAAUUACUCAAAUAUAAGUUAGAACUAAGAAACUUUGUCUCUAUAUAUAUAUAUAAUUGUGACUAUUAUUAGCAGCAUGUUAGUUUACGAGGUGUAAAUUCAUGGUCGGUCUAUACACACCCUGACGUACCUCAAUUGUCUUAAUACUGAGGUGUAAUUUUCUCCAACAGGUCAAUAGUGUAAUAAUUUCAGGUUCUUUGAAAUUGAAAUGAUAAUUUCCAAAUACUACGAAUAACGGCAUGUACUGUACCAAGAUUUUUUCUCUCUCAUAUUUAAGAUAUCAAUGAAACAAAAACCGUUAAAAUUCUGAGAAUAAGUACCAUUAUUAUCAAAUUAAACUUUUUUUAGAAACAUCUGAAUUUGUAGCUAUUACGGUUUUUGUAGUUACAGUUUUCUUCACGAAAAAAGGUUAGUCAUAAUGUUUGAUGUUGCAUCAAAAUUGGAGCUAAUUUCAUGGCAGCUUUUGCUUGAGUGAAUAAUCUGCAGCACUUUUACCUUAACAGUUCAUACUGAUAUUGAAAAUACAUGAUAAUGUAUGUCAAAAAUUAACCCCCCUACAAAUAUGACCACUGUGUAAUAAACCUAAAUAUUGUAAGGAAAACCAUCCACGAGAUUUACUCCGAAACAGAAGAUGUAGACAUAUGUUCAAAUUCGUUCUCGAUUUUCUGUGAGCAUUAGAUAAAAAGUAGCGUGACAUUACCAAUUUAAGAUAAUUUUAGUGCCAUGCAGAUUCUGUAAGUUAACACCAACCAAAAUGUGUAUCUUAUCGAAAGUUAUCAAAAAAUUAAAUGGAUAACUAAAGAUAUUAGAUAUUGGUUCCUUUACCAUUGUUUAAGUGUUUACUCUGGUUUUCUGUACAAUUAUAAGUAGUAUGUGAACAAUAUUGAGGCUAUACGGUCAUAAAUGAUUUUUAAUACAUUUAAUAGUCCUUUGAAGUCUAAUCCUUCUACCCUCUAGUUUAGGAAUGGUUGCUUUGUAUUGUGUUCUGUAAUUUACUGCCCCUGCUUUCAGUCGUGAUAGACAAACCUGCAGUUUCAUAUUGAAAACACAUACUGAUGUUAACUUUGGGUUUAAUAUGCAGCUGUUUUUACUCACUAAUAUGUUGUAAUUUGUAAAUAUUAUCUUAUUUAUAUAUGUUCCAAUGUUGAAUACAACUAUUUGCAAACCUUGUUGCUAGUUAGAUGAUUGUGGUUGUACAUUUUUCUCUUUACUAAAUUAUUGAUAUUGGAUCAUUGAUUAUUACUAUUAACUGUUGAAAUUUUAUAAUCAUUUUCUUUUCAUAUGACUUUGUAUAAAUUUGAGAAUAUGAUUAAUUCUGUAGACUGAAGAUUAUAAAAUCUCCAGAUGUUGAAAAAUGAAUGAUUAUAUAUCUCAAUUUUCCUUCCAAAUAUUUGCUGUAUUAGUUAUAUAUAAGUGGUUGAAGAAAUGGAUGAUAGUCAGUUGUUGAAUAGAACGUUGUCUUUUAGUCACUCUUUGCUUUGACAAAUGCACACGUUAACAGUAUAAAGUUAAAAGAUAUUCUCACUUAUUUCCCAUCCAAAAUAUUCUAUAGAGAAUUGAUUUUCAUAUAAAAGUAAAUUUCUGAUAAUUCCUCCUAAAGAAUUGUGGAUGUAGAAAGUUGCAGAUGCUUAAUUUUUACAUCAAAUUUACAAAUAAUUAGUUUAAAUUCCCAAGAAGGUACAAAUGUAUUGACAGCAUGAAAUUAUAUGAUUACUAAUUAUUUAAGAUAAUUUAUUAAUGAAAUUAUUUCUGUUCUUUCUUGUUACCACUCCCCCACUCAAGUUUGUUCCACCGAACACACUAAAUUUUCUUGUUGGCAUCACAUUUUGGUCCUGUUUUCUUAUUGAAGAAGCAAAAUCAGAAAUAAGUUAAAUGUAGUUAAAUUGCCAUUCAUAAUUUUACAUUGAUUUCUGCUAUAUGCAGCAGAGUAAAUUGCGUCUAACAUUGGACAAAUUCACCUCCACUUUAUCCCCCAUUGUAUAUGUUAAGAACAAAUGAUUCAUUUAUAGCCUUCAGUAUAUUUCUCUUGUUUUAUGUGAUAACUAAUCCGACUACUGGGAUCACAAAGCAAGUUUAGACCAAAGGGUACACGAUUUUAUAGUUUCAUCAUUUAAUUAGACUUAAAUUUGGAUACCUUUUGACACGAGGAAAACUAUAAACAUCUUGUUGACGUGUGGAAAUAUGUAAAUAAUAUGACAGUUUAAAUUUUGUCAAAGAAAUAGUCGUUUAUAAUUGCAAGGUCACUUUUAUUAAGGCCAUUUUAUGAUCCCGAGCCAUGUUUAAUGUUCUGCUGUCAUAAAUGAUUUCUAUUUAAUUCAACAGAUCUGCUUUAUUAACAAAUUCUGUAAUAUAUUUGAAUGUUUUUUCUCAAAUUUUCUCUAGAUUUUGUCAUUUGAAAAAUAUAGAGAUAACCAAAUAAUGUUCUUGUUGCUUUACGGAGACAUUUUACUGUUCAUUGUUUCAACGACGAGAAACAAAUAUUCACUAUAUUUCAUUGCCAAACUAUGAUACUUAAGUUAUAUAACUGUUUGAUAUAUUAUAGUUCCAAAUUGUAUAUGCACUUUUAAGAAUGUUACCAAAUGUUUGUUCUCACCAAAACGUGAUAAUUAUAGUGGCUUCAAAUAUAUCGACUAAGGAGAAAGAUUACCGAAUUAAGUUUUUACAAGCUGGUAGAAUAUUGACCAAUAUGACAGAUGCUUCAUAUUGCAAUGAAGUUAUAUCAAUUUUUAAAGAAAAGAUAGUUUCAACCAUUUAAAGACAAAUAAUAUUAUUUUAAUGUUGAUUGGUUAGUCGCCGAUCCUUUAAACCCAGAUUCUGUCGAAAAAAUCAUUAAAGCUAAUAUUAUUGAAGAAUGUAGUUUAAAAUGUUUUUUGUUCAAUUUACUUAUUUUUGCUAAUUUGAAGAUCCUAGAAUUCCAUUAUUUGAUUGGCUUUUUGAUUUUACGGUUUUGUAAAAGAUAUAUACUUUUGGGUGUCUCUUUGAUUCCAUAAUGUACUAAACUUUUUAGUUAUCUGAAAAGAAUUCAUUUGUUCAGACUCAUUUUCAAAAGGAUUUGAUGUCUCUCGGUUGUCCAUUUUAUACUUACGAUCAUGAGAUGACUCGUUAAUAAAGCUUGCCUAUUAACAUGUUGUUGAUACUUCGCAUUUAGAAUAAAGUAAUCUCUUUUAUUUACUUUUCACCUCGUAGAUAAACUGUUAAUACUUCGCAUUUAGAAUAAAGUAAUCUCUUUUAUUUACUUUUCACCUCGUAGAUAAACUGAUCCCACUUUUCAGUUGAUUUUAUAACAUAAAAUUAGAUAACUUAGGUUAAAUUAUAAUUCACAGAUGGUGGUCAUAGGUCUUUUACUUACAAUUGCUUCUUAAUUAACUUACAUUCUUAACUCGAGUUGUAUUAUCUUUUAUUAUACACUUUAAUACAAUAACUCCUUGACUAGGUUACGAGAUAUUGAUCUAAUUCUUUAAAUAUGUGAUUGCAUUUUUGUUCAGAUUUUUCAAAAUUAUAUAUGGAUUUGUUCAUGACUUUCGUGUAUGGAUAAUGUACACAAUGUUUUAUGGUUAGUUAUUAAGUUCCAAUAAUCAUUCUUGUAAUAUGAAACGAAAGACAACCGAUAGUUUGAAUUCAAUAUGUUUUACCGAAAACACUGUACAUUGCUCAUGCAUUACCCCUCAAAUAUUGAUUCAGCGAUAGAGAUAAUGAAUAAAGAAUGAGUUUUGAAUGUCAUUGCAGCAUGAAAAUGAGGUUGUUUCAGUUUAUCGAUUAUUCCUAAGAAUAUGUCGGUAUUUUUAUUAUCACGAACAAAUAUUUUUUGUGUUAUGUCUGUGUUUCAUAUGGCAUCAAAAGAAACCUAAAUAUAAAAAUUAAACAUCUGAUAUGUAUUCAUUUAGGACUUUGAUAAAUCAACUGUUAAACCUAGGAAGAUGUUUAAAUGUUGGAUAUUUAGUGUUGAUUCUGUUGUAUUGAGAUUAAUUUCUUGAAAAUAUUUUUAUUUCAAAUUUUCACUAAUGAUUUCUUGUUUUAAAUAUACACUUAUGUAGAAGUGUAUGUUUGUGUGUUUGGUAUAAGAUAAUUUUUUUUAAUUGCAGCACAUGACAAUUAUAUUUCCAACUUUGAUAACCAUUUAAAAAUUUUACCAAUUAAUAGUUCACCGAAAUGUAGCAUUACACAGUAGUGUCAAAAAUUAAAAAAAAAGUAACAUAAAAAAAUAAGUACUAAUAUAUUUUCCAAAUAAUGACUUAAAUGUUUACCUGCUUUCAAUUAAAGACCUGUGUUAAAACCAACGACUUCAGUACAGUUUAGUAGUAUGUGUUAAUCAACAAGUUAAUUUUAUAAAAAUGCACAAAUGGCAGCAAUUUGUUUAUCAAAACGACUUCUCAGUGUGGGUUUAAACUUAAGUAUCUAAAGAACAAAAACUAGAACAUACAAUGUACUUAAUUAAGACAUUUGUAUAUUCAUUUUUUUCGAUGUCAUAUACAUUGUAUAUGGCGGAAGAAAGUUGAAAAUAACUGGGGCGAAAUUCAAUUUGGAUUUGUCACCGUGUUUUACCUUUUUUUCAAAAAUUCAAAGAUUCUUCAGUAUUUAUCUGCCCCAACACAUUUUUACUGAUCAGGUUAAAGUUUAACCCACACUAGUACUGCAAUAGCUUGCUUUACCAUUUAAACAUUAAUUCGACAAUAAAAAAAACUACACAAUGAAGUUUUUGAACAAUACAAAUUUGACUCAAAUUCAUUGCUGUCAACUGUGAUAAAAACAUUUUUGCUUUCCUCUGAAUUUUUCAAGCAGCAACUCUAUGUUAUUGUGUGAUGUUUGUAAAACAAAUCGGUUCCUUGUUUCUUUACUGUUUUCUUACAUCCUGUAUCUAUAUAUUUGUUAUUAAUUUUGUUGUAUUUUAAUUAUUUUUGUUUCCCCUGUUCUCUCGGUUAAAACUUUUAUACACAUUUUUGGUUUUUUACACCAGAAGUGUUGAAAUUCUCUGAUGAAAUGAGUAUGUAACUUUUACAUUCUGUUUCUAUUCCCUGUGUUCACAUGAUAAUAAAUAAUGUAGCGAUUUGCGAAGAAAAUCCUUAAAGAUCACAGUUAAUUUAGUUGAAUGUCCAGAAGCAUACAUAAAUAUGAAUGUUCAGUCAGACUAAUUCGAUCAAAUAAUAAGUUGUUGCUUUUAUGAGGUUGAGAGACCUAUGUAGGAUCAUAGCAUUGCUUUUGACACGAGGCUACUUACCCAUCGACCUUUUAUCUGUGAUGGUGGGUAUAACAGUGUUAAGGGCGCGUUGUCAACAUAUAGUUGAGCUAGUCGAAAGAAAUAGUUUCUUUAGCACACAAACUUUUCUUUGUUUUCAAAUUCAACUAUAUGUGUGUUGUUCAAAUUUCUUACAAAUAAAAAAUUAUUGACUCA